UAACUAGUAAGCUAGCUAAAUUAUUGAUAAGAAUUAAAGAAAGGACACUAAUUAAGGAUGAGGAACAAAAAUUGGUUUAUUACCUAAAGUUUAGUUCUAUGCAUUGACCAAAAGGGCAACAUAGGUGCUUGUACCAACAACGUGGCAUGCUUUAACACCGAGUUAUUCCAUUUCUUGCGGGUUAUGUAUGUGACACAAGUUUCAUCUCUUCAAAGUUCAAUUUCCCAAUAUCCAAAACAACAACAUCCAAUUCUACCUUUCAAUUUAGCUUCAUUAAUUAAUUGUUGCUAAAUCUACAAGGGAUUGAGAUAAUGGGGCACAAAGAAAAAUCUAAGGAACGAAAAGAGAAGAGAUUGCAUGAGAUAUCAUUGUUGAGGACCAUUCCUUAUUCUGAACACCAAAGGUGGUGGUCAAAGGAAACCAUUGCUGUGGUAACUGGUGGGAAUAGAGGAAUUGGGUUUGAGAUUUCAAGACAACUUCUUGAUCAUGGAGUAACUGUUGUGUUGACAUCAAGAGAUGCAAGUGUUGGUAUUGAAUCAAUGAAGGUCUUGCAAGAAGGUGGUCUUGAUCAUGUGGAUUGUCACCAGCUUGAUGUCUUAGAUUCUUCAUCUAUCAAUGAAUUUGCUGAAUGGUUGAAGGAAAAAUAUGGUGGUUUAGAUAUUCUGGUAAACAACGCUGGAGUAAAUUUCAAUCAUGGGUCUGAUAACUCAGUUGAAAAUGCUAAGAAGGUUAUAGAUACAAAUUAUUAUGGAACAAAGAGUAUGAUUGAAGCUAUGAUUCCUCUCAUGAAAGCAUCCUCUGCUGGUGGCCGGAUUGUAAAUGUCAGCUCUCGCUUAGGUCGUCUAAAUGGCAAACGAAAUAGUAUGAUACAGAGAAUAGAGAAUGAAGAAUUGAGGGAGAAACUAAGUAAUGUGGAAACCCUAACAGAGGAACUGAUUGAUGAAACCCUAACCAAAUUCCUACAACAAGUGGAAGAAGGGACUUGGGCCCAAGGAGGGUGGCCUCAAACAUUCACUGACUAUUCAGUUUCAAAGCUUGCAGUGAAUGCAUACACAAGGCUUAUGGCAAAGAAGCUUUCUGAGAGGCCAGAGGGCCAAAAGAUUUACAUCAAUUGCUAUUGUCCUGGUUGGGUCAAAACCGCCCUCACCGGCUACGCCGGAAGCGUCACCGUCGAACAAGGUGCUGAUACUGGUGUCUGGCUCUCCCUUCUUCCUGAGAUUGCCAUCACUGGCAAGUUCUUUGCAGAAAGAAGGGAGAUUAACUUUUAACUUGAUAGUUAAUAUUUGCAAAGUGCAUAGGGGAAAACACAUACACUAUAGAGACAUUUUGAGAUGUAAUGGUAAAGAAUUAAUUCAUGUAUGUAAGAGUGACCAUGUUUGAUAAUGUCAUUCAUCAUUAUUAUAAGCUUAGCCUUAGGUUCAUCACCAACAAUUUGAAAGUGUUGCUUUUAUUGUAUGUUAUUUUACAUGUUUUAAGGUAUAUUACUGUUGCAAUAUAU